CCUCCCGGCUGAGGCCCCGCCACCCGCGGGGGCGGGCGGUGGCGAUGGCGGGCGGCGGCGCUGCUGAUGGCGGCGGUUCGUCGGCCGAGUCGGAGGGGGAGGCGACGGCAGCCUGCGAGGCGCUCCGCCUGCUGCGGAUCGAGCCCUCGGCCUUCGGCCCCGGUCCCGGCGCGGGGCGAGCGGGCAGCGCGGCGCGGUGCUCGAGGAACGCGCUGCGGAAGCGGAGGCGCUGGGAGCGGGUGCUGGCGGCCAAGAGGCGGAACCGGCGGCAGGAGCGGGAGAGGAGCCGGGCCCGUCGGGCCGAGGGCCCAGGGCCGGCCGGCCGGGCCGGCGGGAGGGCCCCGGCCGCCCUCGCCAAGGAGCGCCUGCUGCGAGCCAGGGAGUCGGGGCCGCGGCUCUGCGUGGACCUCGGUGUGGCCGGCUGCAUGACCGAGAAGGAAACAAGCCGCCUCGCUUCCCAGAUCAGGAGACUCUACGGGGCAAACAGGCGGGCCGAGAAGCCCUUUUGGCUCUGUUUGACGGAGUUUGUGGUGGGCUCGUUGAUCUAUGAGGAGUGUUUUCGCAUGAAUGACGGCUUCUCCAAUUAUUUGAUGGAUACAACUCAAGAAAGUUACCUGGACUUGUUUCCUUUAGAUGCAAUUGUUUAUCUCACUCCUGAUUCUGAGAAUGUCCUUGAAGAUAUUGAGCCAAAUAAAGUGUAUGUCCUCGGAGGCCUGGUGGAUGAAAGUAUUCAUAAGAAGCUGACGCUGCAAAGGGCACAAGAGCAGUCCUUGCAAACAGCCCGCCUCCCCAUUCGUGAGUACAUGGUGAAAACUGUUAACACCAAGAACUACCACUCGGAGACACUGGCAAUUAAUCAAGUCUUUGAUGUCUUAUCAACUUACUAUGAGACCCGAAGCUGGCCAGCAGCCUUGAAAGCUGGAGUUUCUUCUGGAAAAGGCUACGUGCUACCCGACGCAGUGAAAUAAGUGGAAAUACCUCAUCAUGGCAACGCACAAGAGACCUUUAUUUUGUGGUGUUAUGGAGCUGUGCAGAUGAGAGGCAAACUCCAAAUUUCAAGCAGAGGCACCAGUAUGGAUGUGCAUAGAGAAAAUGGCUCUGCUUAAAUCUUGUUUAAGGACCUUGUUGCAAGUGAUGCAUUCUACCUCAGCAGUACAAUGCUGGAAAUUACUUUUCCCAUUUAAUAGAAAACAAAGUUGAUGGAGCCCUGGGAUCAAGUAAAAGCUGUCAGGAAUUCAGUCUUGCUUCUCUGGAGAUGCUUGUUACAGUGUUUCUGACUACUGCAUCUACUGUUCUCAGACAGGGAAGAGAGCUUUAAGGUAUUUCUUUCCUUUUGAUUAAGCAGUAAGGUGAAGUUAGAACUGCAAAACUUAACUGGUGAGGAAAAUUCCUUCCCAUGGAAAAGGACAGUGCUGUUCCAAUUGGGAAAUGCAAGACAGGAAGUGAUUCCCCAAGGGAGAAACAGUUCCCAGGUGCACAACAUCCUAACGGUUUUAAACCAGUUGAAUUGAAGACUUGGUGAGUUGUUGAAGCCUAUAGCUAAUUCUGUGCAUCUAAUCUAAAAUAAAAUGUUUAUUCAUAAA